CCCAGCAUGCUUUGCGUUCGGAAAGCAAUGUCGGCCAUCUUAAAAGUAGCGGUGAAGAAAGAUUGAUGCGGUGACACGGCGGCCAUGUUUGGGGCUCACCGGAAGAAGUUCACGGAGGCGGGGCUGGAGGGCGACUAUGCGGCCGACGAGUCGGGCGGCCUCUACUACGGCCAGCCGUCCGUCUUCCCGCCGCACCGCGCCGACAAAGACAUGAUGACCUCAUCCUCCGCCUCAUCCCCGGGACAGCUGUCGCAGCUGGGAGCCAGUCUCUACGGACCUCAGAGUGCGCUCGGCUUCCCCACGCGGGGCAUCAACAGCGGCGCGGCGCCAGCGCCGCAGAGUCGAAGCGCGCUCGCUCAGUCGGCCGCCGCGCAGCUGAGCGGUCACGCCGUGCACACGCCGCCCUCGCCGAGCAGGGGGAUCCCGCCCUUGAACGGCCGCGGCGUCCUCAACCACAACCAGCAGGCGGGCGGCCUCGCGGGCCAGCCCGUCGGGGUGGGAGGAGAACGAGGGGGCGGGGCCGGGGGGAGGAGUCCCGGCGGGUCCUCGCCCAGCAUCAUCGGAAUGCCCAAACAGUCGCGGCAAGCCUUCACCAUCAACAGCAUGUCAGGUUUCGGCGUAAGCAGGAAUCCCGGAUUCAACAUCUUCAACGGCACAGGUAAAGCCCCCACCCCCACCCCCCCCACCCCGACGACAGACAAAUGCGCCGCGAUUUCAAUGCCGACCGGCGUGGCGUUGGCAGACGGCAGCGAGAACGUGACGGGCCUGGACCUGUCGGAUUUCCCGGCCCUGGCCGAGCGCAGCCGCAGGGACGCGGGCGCCAACCCGGCGCCGCUGCUCAACCCGCUGGCCGGGCGGGCGCCCUACGUGGGCAUGGUCACCAAGCCGUCCGGCGAGCAGCCGCAAGACUUCUCCAUCCACAACGAGGAUUUCCCAGCACUGCCGGGCCCAAAUUACCAGACCAAAGACCCCGGCGGCGGCGGCGGCGACGACGGCAAAACGAACCUCAGCUCUUCAGGUAAGCCCGCCUCCAACUCAGAUGGUCCAAAGUUUCCGGGUGACAAAAGUUGUGUGUCGGCGAGCAGCAACAACCAGCACAAGAAGGGAAUCCAGGUGCUCCCCGACGGGCGCGUGAGCAACAUCCCGCCGGGAAUGGUAACGGACCAGUUCGGCAUGAUCGGCCUGCUGACGUUCAUCCGGGCGGCCGAGACGGACCCCGGCAUGGUGCACUUGGCUCUGGGCUCCGACCUCACCACGCUGGGCCUCAACCUCAACUCUCCCGAGAACCUCUACCCCAAGUUUGCGUCUCCGUGGGCGUCGGCGCCGUGUCGGCCGCAGGACAUCGACUUUCACGUUCCGUCGGAAUACUUGACCAACAUCCACAUCCGGGACAAGCUGGCCGCCAUCAAGCUGUCUCGCUACGGCGAGGACCUCCUGUUUUACCUUUACUACAUGAACGGCGGCGACCUGCUGCAGCUGCUGGCCGCCGUGGAGCUCUUCAACAGGGACUGGCGUUACCACAAGGAGGAGCGCGUGUGGAUCACGCGGGCGCCCGGCAUGGAGCCCUCGCUCAAGACCAACGCCUACGAGAGGGGAACGUACUACUUCUUUGACUGCCUCAACUGGAGGAAGGUUGCCAAGGAGUUCCACCUGGAAUACGAGAAACUGGAAGAGCGACCUCACGUUCCCUCCACUUUCAACUACAACCCCGCCCAGCAGGCCUUCUGAUUGGCCGCCCGCACCGCCCCGCCCCGGCCCGCCACCGCCCGUCUUUGAACUCGCAUUUUCUUACCUGAUCCCGACGGCGGCUCUCGCUCUCCCCCGACGGGGCGUCCGCCUCUCAGGAACAGCGAAUGGACUUUGUAGCACCCUUUGACAAUAAAAGACAAAUGUAAGUACCAA